AUGGCGACGGUGGGCGAGUACGAGUCGGUCCUCUGUGUGAAGCCCGACGUCAACGUUUACCGGAUCCCGCCGAGGGCGUCUAAUCGCGGAGUCAGGGCAGCCGAUUGGAAGCUGGACGCUCCUGACUGGACUGGGCGCAUGCGUGUGACGGCCCGGGGUAAAGUGGCCUAUGUGAAACUGGAGGACAAGAUCUCUGGGGAGCUGUUUGCCCAGGCACCAGUGGAGGAGUACCCUGGAAUUGCUGUGGAGACUGUUAGUGACUCCAGCCGUUACUUUGUGCUCCGUAUCCAGGAUGACAACGGUCGCAGUGCAUUCAUAGGCAUUGGGUUUGGAGACAGAGGAGACUCCUUCGACUUCAAUGUUGCUCUGCAGGACCACUUCAAGUGGGUAAAACAGGACAACGAGAUUUCUAAGCAAGCACAGGCCCCAGACACUACUCCUAAACUGGACCUGGGCUUCAAAGAGGGACAGACCAUCACUCUUAAUAUUGGGCAAUCUAAAAAGAAGGAUAAGCCCCGUCCACAGAGUUCAGGUGGGCUUGGGCUCCUCCCCCCUCCCCCAGGAGGCAAGCUAGCCCCACCCCCUUCAUCCAGAUCCUCCAAUCACAACACACAACCAUCUGCGGGGGCAAGUGACUCAGGUUGUCUGGUAGACCUGGACUCCUGUAACUGA